AUUCCUCACUUUUCAUUUCCGCACUCCUUUUUUUAAGCACCGCCCGAAGCUAAAUUCUUUUCGUCCAACCAUGCUUGCGGCGGUUCCGACCGAACACCACGUUGGAUCUCCACUUCCUUUUGCUCCUACCAGUGGUGAUGAGGUGGCCGUCGGUUACAUGCCUCCAGCCUCCACCCGUCCCCCGACUCCCGGGUGCAAAAAACCGGACGCAUUCCCCCCUGGCUCGCAGGAAACGCCCGACCCCUUUAUAUCAGCCAGCCAUCCAACCCUCCGAGAAAGGGGAAACCAAGCAGAGGCCACCCGCUCCAUCCUCCACCGGAUUUCCUCACCUCCAUCCGGAACGACCCCCGAAAUCUCUCCAUCUAGUUUUCUUCCCUUCCUUUUCUCUACUCGAUUCGAUUAUCGUUUAGAUUUCUUUCGUUAGAAAGAUCGAUCGAUCGAUCGAUCUUGGCCGGAGAUGGCCGCGGCCACGGCCUCGCGGCGGCUUCGCGAGCUCCAGUCCCAGGCAGGGAACAAGACGUGCGUGGACUGCGCCCAGAAGAACCCGCAGUGGGCCUCCGUCUCCUACGGCGUCUUCAUGUGCCUCGAGUGCUCCGGCAAGCACCGCGGCCUCGGCGUCCACAUCAGCUUCGUCCGCUCCGUCACCAUGGACUCUUGGUCCGAGAUCCAGCUCAAGAAGAUGGAGGCCGGAGGCAACGACCGCCUCAACGCCUUCCUCGCCCAGUACGGCGUUCCCAAGGACACCGACAUCGUCGCCAAGUACAGCACCAAGGCCGCCGCCGUCUACCGCGAUCGUAUCCAGGCCCUCGCUGAGGGCCGCCCCUGGCAGGACCCCCCUGUCGUCAAAGAAACCCUAUCCCUCUCCACUGCCGGCGGGGCUGCUGGGGCCCGAAAACCACCGCUGGGGCAGACCGGCGGCAAGACCGGCAACUCGGUGACUCAUGGGGGCUGGGAUAGCUGGGACAAUGACGGCUUCCGGUCGUCGUCCGAUAUCAGGCGGCACCAGUCGGUCGGCGAUCUCAGGGGAGGGAGCGGCGGCGGCGGCGGCAGAGGGGGGAGAGAUGUUCCUUCGAGGUCCAGGUCCACGGAGGAUAUGUACAUGAGGUCUCAGCUGGAGGCCUCGGCGGCGAACAAGGAGAGCUUCUUCGCGAGGAAGAUUGCAGAGAAUGAGGCUCGGCCCGAUGCGAUCCCGCCGUCUCAGGGAGGGAAGUACGUGGGAUUCGGGUCAACCCUGCCGCCACGGAGCACUUCCCAGAGAGACAUGUUCUCCCUUGUUUCUCAGGGUCUCGGCCGACUGUCCCUGGUUGCAGCUUCUGCUGCUAAUGUUGUCCAAGCUGGCACAAAGGAGCUGACUUCCAAGGUGCGGGAGGGAGGCUAUGAUUCUAGGAUGAAUGAAACAGUGAAUAUGGUUGCCACAAAAACUACUGAAGUUGGACAGAGAACAUGGGGAAUUAUGAAAGGAGUCAUGGAAAUGGCAUCGCAGAAGGUGGAUGCAUACGCAAAGGAAGGGAUGGGCUGGAAUGGGGAUGAUUGGCAGCGAAAUGAGAACGAGAGAAAUGGAUACUAUAAUCAGUUGGGACGGGAAAAAGCUUGGCAGGGUUGGGAUUCUCCUGGUGCUCCUUCUGGUGGAGGCUCCUGGAAUGAUUGGGAUGCAAGAGACAAGAAGGAAGAGCAUGGGAAGGGGGCCCAAAGUCGAGAUGGCUGGGCUGGGUGGGACGAUGUGAAAGAUGAUUGCUACGAGAAUUAUCACCACAGCUCGUCAAACAAGGCCAUUAAUCAGAAUUUAAAAUCUAAUUCUACUUCUACAUGGGCAGACGAUGGCUUCCUCAAAUGAAAGGGCCGUUUGUUUCGUAGUUUCUUUUAUCUUGGUAUGUAUUACAAAUGGAAAGAAGAGACAUGUUCUUAAUGCAGUUAACCUUUUUUCACUGCAGGAAUACGUAUUAUCAAGUUUAUCUCUUUGGCAAACAAUGAUCUGAAGAUUUUCUCUGCUAUUUGACUUUUUCGUGUUUGUAACAGAACGAUAUUUAUUUAUGUUCCAGCUUUCCAUAUACUUGUUUUUUUAGUAGAUUAAAAAUUGGUUCAAUGAAAAGGAGCAAUUAUUGCUUUUAUA